AUGAAUGUACACCGAUCCCCUACUGGAAGUGACACUAUUUCGGCACGAUGUGGUUCUUACCCAGAUCUAGCAAGCAAAAUCAUGUGUCAAGAUAAAACUGAGUCAUCACAGAUAACUUUCCGCAAUAAACGAAAAUUAGAAAAUGAAAACGAUGAUUUAAAGAAUGAAUUUGCAGAAAUGAGAAAACAAAUGACGUCAAUGCAAAACCAAAUGAGUGAAAUGAUGACAUAUCUAACAACAACCACUAAUAUGCAAGUCGAAAAUUUCAAAAAAAUCAACGAGGAUGUCUCGACUAUAAAACAACAAAUAAGCGAUAUUAAAUUAACCACUGAAAUAUUAACUGAAGAACAAACAAAACUAAAAAUUGAAGUGGAAAAUCUAAAAAAAUAG